AUGGCAAAGUCCAGCUACAGCAAGACAAUCUCUGCUACGCCUCGCAAUGACACCCAGCGCAAGGUCACGAAGCCUACAACAAAGAGUACGGCGGCCUCGAAACCAGCAAGCAAUCGGUCCAUGAAGGGCUGGGUACAUGAGGAGGAUUCUCCCGACUUAUCUAACAUCAUCAUCGGUGACCCCAAGGACCCCAAGAACAUCAUCCAUGGCAAAAGGACGCGGAAUGGCUCUCACAUGAGCGAGUCACAGCUAGGCAAAGCUACAAGUCCGAUCACUCUACCAGACGACGACAAUAUAUCAAUUCAGACAGCAAACGCCCAUGCAGCGUCUCCCACGGCGUCCCCCAAACACAAAGACAGAAUAUCUACUAGAUCUCUCGAGGAGGCGGCGCCCGACACGGAAAGCGACAACGGGCCACUAGCGCAUACCGAAGAGUACAAUACAGAAGACAAGGUCUCAGCUGCAAAACUCCACAGUAGCAUUCUGGCCCUCCUCAACCAUUCUUUUCAGGUCACCGACGAUGUGUUGGCAUAUAUGCAACAUGUUUUAGGUCAUGAGGUACACGCACAGGAGCUACAACGCGACGUGGACGAGGUAUUGACUGAGCGGGGGAAGAAGAGGAAGAGCAGUAAGAAUGUCAGGUUUGCGGCCUGA